UACUUUGAAAAACAAGCCAACCUGUAAUCAAAUAGAAAUGGAGGAGAGGCUACUUGAAAUGGAGGAGAAAGGAGUGAUGGAGAGCCUUGAAAGGCAGAAGGAGCAAAUAGAAAGGGAAAUUGAAAUGUUAAGAAGAUUGAGGACCCAGCAGAGACCAGAGUCUCCUAAACCUGAACCUGAUCCUGAACCCAGCUGUGUGUCCUUUAAGAGUGACAAGUCAAAACAAGGCAUCCUUGACUUUAAAGGAGACCAGCCCUCUGCUGAAAAGAGGAUCCAUAAAAGAACCGACUCUGCUGAACCUGAACCCAGCUGUGUGUCCUUCAACAGCGACUGUUCAAAACAAGAUUUUAAAGGUCAACAACCCUCUGAUGAAAAUAGAAGACCAGACUCUGCUGAACCUGAACCCAGCUGUGUGUCCUUUAAGAGUAACCAGUCAAAACAAGGCAUCCUUGAUUUUAAAGGAGAGAAACCCUCUGCUGAAAAGAGAGUGGACCAGGAGAGCUCAGAUGUUCCCAGUGGUCAGUCUGCCCAGCAGCAUCAAACACACCUGGACUCCAUAUUUAUGCUGCUGGAGGAGAACAUUGUCACGUUUGUGAAGAACGAGCUGAAGAAGAUCCAGAAGGUUCUGAGUCCAGAUUACCCAGAAUGCUCAGAGAGUCAAAGGAAGGAUGAUGAUUCAGAGCAGAGGAGGAGCAGCAGAGAGGCAUUUCUGAAGAUCACACUCCACUUCCUGAGGAGAAUGAAGCAGGACGAGCUGGCUGACCGUCUGCAGAGCAGAAGUCCAGCAGGAUUUUGUAAGCGUGACCUCAAAUCUCAACUAAACAAGACGUUCCAGUGUGUGUUUGAGGGGAUUACUAAAGAAGGAAACCCAACCCUUCUGAAUCAGAUGUUCACAGAGAUCUACAUCACAAAGGGAGGGACUGCAGAGGUCAAUGAUGAACAUGAGGUCAGACAGAUUGAAACAGCAUCCAGGAAACCAGACAGACCAGAAACAACAAUCAGACAAGAAGACAUAUUUAAAACUCCACCUGGAAGAGUUGAACCAAUCAGAACAGUGAUGACAAAGGGAGUGGCUGGCAUCGGGAAAACAGUCUUAACACAGAAGUUCACUCUGGACUGGGCUGAAGGCACAGCCAACCAGGACAUCCAGUUCACAUUUCCAUUCACCUUCAGAGAGCUGAAUGUGCUCAAAGAGAGAAAGUACAGCUUGGUGGAACUUGUUCAUUACUUCUUUAGUGAAACCAAAGAAGCAGGAAUCUGCAGGUUUGAAGAGUUCCCGGUUGUGUUCAUCUUCGACGGUCUGGAUGAGUGUCGACUUCCUCUGGACUUCGUCAACACUAAAAUCCUGACAGAUGUUACAAAGUCCACCUCAGUGGGGGUGCUGCUGACUAACCUCAUCAGGGGGAAUCUGCUUCCCUCUGCUCGCCUCUGGAUAACCACACGACCUGCAGCAGCCAAUCAGAUCCCUCCUGGGUGUGUUGAUAUGGUGACAGAGGUCAGAGGGUUCACUGACCCUCAGAAGGAGGAGUACUUCAGGAAGAGAUUCAGAGAUGAGGGGCAGGCCAGCAGAAUCAUCUCCCACAUCAAGACAUCACGAAGCCUCCACAUAAUGUGCCACAUCCCAAUCUUCUGCUGGAUCACUGCUACAGUUCUGGAGGACAUGUUGAAGACCAGUGAGAGAGGAGAGCUGCCCAAGACCCUGACUGAGAUGUACAUCCACUUCCUGGUGGUUCAGUCCAAAGUGAAGAACAUCAAGUAUGAUGGAGGAGCUGAGACUGAUCCACACUGGAGUCCAGAGAGCAGGAAGAUGAUCGAGUCUCUGGGAAAACUGGCUUUUGAGCAGCUGCAGAAAGGCAACCUGAUCUUCUAUGAAUCAGACCUGACAGAGUGUGGCUUCGACAUCACAGCAGCCUCAGUGUGCUCAGGAGUGUUCACGCAGAUCUUUAAAGAGGAGAGAGGACUAUACCAGGACAAAGUGUUCUGCUUCAUCCAUCUGAGUGUUCAGGAGUUUUUGGCUGCUCUUCAUGUCCAUCUGACCUUCACCAACUUUGGAGUCAACCUGCUGUCAGAAGAACAAACAACAUCAACACAGUUCUACCAGAGUGCUGUGGACGAGGCCUUACAGAGUCCAAAUGGACACCUGGAUUUGUUCCUCCGCUUCCUCCUGGGUCUUUCACUGCAGACCAAUCAGAGUCUCCUACAAGGUCUGAUGACACAGACAGGAAGUAACUCAGAGACCAAUCAGACAGUUGAGUAUGUCAAGAAGAAGAUAAGUGAGAAUCUAUCUGCAGAGAGAAGCAUUAAUAUGUUCCACUGUCUGAAUGAACUGAAUGAUCGUUCUCUAGUGGAGCAGAUCCAACAGUCCCUGAGAUCAGAACGUCUCUCCAGAGAUAAACUGUCUCCUGCUCAGUGGUCAGCUCUGGUCUUCAUCUUACUGUCAUCAGAAGAAGAUUUGGACGUGUUUGACCUGAAGAAAUACUCUGCUUCAGAGGAGGCUCUUCUUAGGUUGAUGCCAGUGGUCAAAGCCUCCAAAAAAGCUCUACUGAGUGGCUGUAACUAGUCAGAGAGAAGCUGUGAAGCUCUGUCCUCAGUUAUCAGCUCCCAGUCCUCUAGUCUGAGAGAGCUGGACCUGAGUAACAAUAACCUGCAGGAUUCAGGAGGGAAGCUGAUCUCUGUUGGACUGAAGAGUCCACACUGCACACUGGAGACUCUCAGACUGAGUGUCUGUAACCUGUCAGAGAGAAGCUGUGAAGCUCUGUCCUCAGUUCUCAGCUCCCAGUCCUCUAGUCUGAGAGAGCUGGACCUUAGUAACAACAACCUGCAGGAUUCAGGAGGGAAGCUGAUCUCUGUUGGACUGAAGAGUCCACACUGCACACUGGAGACUCUCAGUCUGUCAGGCUGUCUUAUCUCAGAGGAAGGCUGUUCUUCUCUGGUCUCAGCUCUGAUCUCCAACCCCUCCCAUCUGAGAGAGCUGGACUUGAGCUACAAUCAUCCACGAGACUCAGCAGUGAAGCUACUGUCAGCGGGACUGAAGGAUCCUCUCUGGAGACUAGACACUCUCAGGGUGGAGCCUGCUGGAGUCAGAUGGCUGACACCAGGUCUGAGGAAGUAUUCCUGUGAACUCACACUGGACACAAACACAGUGAGCAGAAAACUCAAACUGUCUGAUAACAACAUGAAGGUGACACGUGUGGAGGAGGAUCAGCCAUAUCCUGAUCAUCCAGAGAGGUUUGACUGGUGUCCUCAGCUUCUGUGUAGAGAUGGUCUGACUGGUCGCUGUUACUGGGAGGUCGAGAGGAGAGGAGAUGUUGAUAUAUCAGUGAGUUACAGAGGAAUCAGGAGGAGUGGAGACAGUAGAGACUGUUUGUUUGGAUGGAAUGAUCAGUCCUGGAGUCUGUUCUGCUUUGAUGGUGGUUACUCUGUCUGGCACAAUAAGAGAAAAUCAUCCAUCUCCUCCUCUCUCUCUGGUAGAGUAGCAGUGUAUGUGGACUGUCCUGCUGGCUCUCUGUCCUUCUACACAGUCUCCUCUGACUCACUGAUCCACAUCUACACCUUCAACACCACAUUCACUCAACCUCUUUAUCCUGGGUUCUGGUUCUGGUCUGAUUCCUCAGUGUCUCUGUGUUCUGUGUAGGACGGAGAUUUCAUCCUGUUUCUCACUGCUGAUCAGUUGAGUCUGUACAGGAUCACACUUACAGAAAUAUUUCAGGUUAUUGUUAUAAACUAAUGAAUGAACUUUGUAUAAAAUAAUUCAGAACGAUUGAUUCCUCGUGAACAUUGUAAACUUGUUCCACUUCCAGUCCUUUAAAGAUGGAUUUCUACAAUUUCAUGAUCACAGAUCAGAAAUUGUAGAAAUGCCGUUGACUUGUGUUAUGUUUAGUUUUGAGUUCUCUCUUUUCACAAUUAAAGCAUAAAGUUAC